AUGGAAGUAAAAGAUGCGUCAAAUAAAAACCCUCUUAUAAAAAUUAAAAAUCUAUUGUCCUGCAACACCACGGAAGAUAUCACCCGGGCCAUCAGGAACCAAAAUAAAAACGCGACUGCACACCUGGAGGAACAGGACCUGACCAUAGUGGAAAAGUAUAGAAGGAAAGCAAGAAACCCUCUGGAGAGCCACGUGGUCCUGCAGGUCGCGCCAAAACUUUGGCAAUCAUUAACAUCGGCUGGUAGGAUACACGUGGACCUGCAGCGGGUUUGGGUAGAGGACCAAUCCCCUCUGGUCCAGUGCACUAUGUGUCUGGGGUACGGACAUACCCGCAGACAUUGUAAAAAGGAGACCGAGGUGUGCAGUCAUUGCGGAGGAGCCCAUUUGAGGGCAGAUUGCCAGAUCCAAAAGGAAGGUAAACCUCCCAGCUGCGUUAACUGUAUAGGAAUAAAAGGAAGAGACGCGGAGCACGGAGCCUUCAGUCAGAGCUGUCCAACCCGGCAGGGGUGGGACAAGGCGGCGAGGCUAAGCUACGCGUAUUGUUAA